CAGCCCGCGCCGAGGUGGGAAGUGUGGCUCAAGGCGCUGAUUCUUCUGGAGUCCUGGGCCUGAGCAAGCGCUGUCUUAUCAAUCCGCGCCCAAGCAGGAAGUGCCGCUCAGGGCGAGCCCCAGGCUCAGUCUCGAGUUUUGUGGCGGAGGCCGGCUCACGUCAUCAUUAGGCGCCAACGCAGGAAGUGACGACACUCCUCGCGCGCGCCUGUCGCUGUUCGCUGUUUUUUCUCAGGCUCCUGGACCGGUGGCGGCAGCGGUGGCAGCGGCGGCAGCGGCGGCAGCGGCGGCGGCGACGUAGGGUGUUUUAACUCAAAUGGGUGAUGAAAAGGACUCUUGGAAAGUGAAAACUUUAGAUGAAAUUCUUCAGGAAAAGAAACGAAGGAAGGAACAAGAGGAGAAAGCAGAGAUAAAACGCUUAAAAAAUGUAAGCCAUGUUUUUUAAGUAAGUGGUUUUCUUAAAGGAGAUUUAAUUUCUUUGCCCUCAUUUUUCCAUUAGAACAACGCUUCUUCGGUGAAGUUCUUUUGUACUUCCAAAUGUCGCAGUCUGAUGACCGGGAUUCCAAGCGGGAUUCCCUUGAGGAGGGGGAGCUGAGAGACCACCGCAUGGAGAUCACGAUAAGGAACUCCCCAUACAGAAGAGAAGACUCUAUGGAAGACAGAGGAGAAGAAGAUGAUUCUUUGGCCAUCAAACCACCCCAGCAAAUGUCUCGGAAAGAAAAAGCUCAUCACAGAAAAGAUGAAAAGAGAAAAGAGAAACGUAGGCAUCGUAGCCAUUCAGCAGAAGGGGGGAAGCAUGCUAGAGUGAAAGAAAAAGAAAGAGAGCACGAACGUCGGAAACGCCAUCGAGAAGAACAGGAUAAAGCUCGCCGGGAAUGGGAAAGACAGAAGAGGAGGGAGAUGGCGAGGGAGCAUUCCAGGAGAGAGAGGGACCGUCUGGAGCAGUUGGAACGGAAGCGAGAGCGGGAACGCAAGAUGCGGGAGCAGCAGAAGGAGCAGCGCGAGCAGAAGGAGCGCGAGCGGCGGGCGGAGGAGCGGCGCAAGGAGCGGGAGGCCCGCAGGGAAGUGUCUGCGCAUCACCGAACGAUGAGAGAGGACUACAGCGACAAAGUGAAGGCCGGCCACUGGAGUCGUAGCCCGCCCCGGCCGCCUCGGGAGCGGUUCGAGCUGGGAGACAGCCGGAAGCCAGGUGAGGCCAGGCCGGCGCCUGCGCAGAAGCCAGCACCGUUAAAAGAAGAGAAAAUGGAAGAGAGAGACCUGCUGUCCGACUUACAGGACAUCAGCGACAGCGAGAGGAAGACCAGCUCUGCCGAGUCCUCCUCAGCGGAAUCAGGCUCAGGUUCUGAGGAGGAAGAGGAGGAGGAGGAAGAGGAGGAGGAGGAAGGGAGCACCAGUGAAGAAUCCGAGGAGGAGGAGGAGGAAGAAGAAGAGGAGGAGGAGGAGGAGACAGGCAGCAACUCUGAGGAGGUUUCAGAGCAGUCCGCCGAAGAAGUGAGUGAGGAAGAAAUGAGUGAAGAUGAGGAACGAGAAAAUGAAAACCACCUCUUGGUUGUUCCAGAGUCACGGUUUGACCGAGAUUCCGGGGAAAGUGAAGAAGCAGAGGAAGAAGUGGGCGAGGGGACGCCGCAAAGCAGUGCGCUGACAGAGGGCGACUACGUGCCUGACUCCCCAGCCCUGUCACCCAUCGAGCUCAAACAGGAGCUGCCCAAGUACCUCCCGGCCCUGCAGGGCUGCCGGAGCGUGGAGGAGUUCCAGUGCCUGAACAGGAUUGAGGAGGGCACCUAUGGAGUGGUCUACAGAGCAAAAGACAAGAAAACAGACGAAAUUGUGGCUCUAAAGCGGCUGAAAAUGGAGAAGGAGAAGGAGGGUUUCCCAAUCACGUCGCUGAGGGAGAUCAACACCAUCCUCAAGGCCCAGCACCCCAACAUCGUCACCGUUAGAGAGAUCGUGGUGGGCAGCAACAUGGACAAAAUCUACAUUGUGAUGAACUACGUGGAGCACGACCUCAAGAGCCUGAUGGAGACCAUGAAGCAGCCCUUCCUGCCAGGUAUAGCCAUGCCGGGGCUCUGGGUACACGGGCGGGAGCGGGGUCCUGGUUGCCCCUUGGCGACACUGCUGCAGGGUGUGUGCCAGGCCAGCUGCGUCCACGGGGAAGGCCUCGAGAGGCCUCUGUUGCACCGAGGCGAGUGGGCCACCCUGAGGACCCCGGGCGGGGGCAGCCAGGUACAUGUGCGUGGCUGUCCCCUCCCAGGGGAGGUGAAGACCCUGAUGAUCCAGCUGCUACGGGGGGUGAAGCACCUGCACGACAACUGGAUCCUGCACCGCGACCUCAAGACGUCCAACCUGCUGCUCAGCCACGCCGGCAUCCUCAAGGUAGGGGACUUCGGGCUGGCGCGGGAGUACGGAUCCCCACUGAAGGCGUACACCCCAGUGGUGGUGACCCUGUGGUACCGUGCCCCAGAGCUGCUGCUGGGUGCCAAGGAAUACUCCACGGCCGUGGACAUGUGGUCGGUGGGCUGCAUCUUCGGGGAGCUGCUGACACAGAAGCCGCUGUUCCCUGGGAAGUCGGAAAUCGACCAGAUCAACAAAGUGUUCAAGGACCUGGGAACCCCCAGUGAGAAAAUCUGGCCCGGCUACAACGACCUCCCAGCAGUGAAGAAGAUGACCUUCAGCGAGUACCCCUACAACAACCUCCGCAAGCGCUUCGGCGCCCUGCUGUCCGACCAGGGCUUUGACCUCAUGAACAAGUUUCUGACCUACUUCCCUGGGAGGAGGAUCAGCGCCGAGGACGGCCUGAAGCAUGAGUAUUUCCGAGAGACGCCCCUCCCCAUCGACCCCUCCAUGUUCCCCACGUGGCCCGCCAAGAGUGAGCAGCAGCGUGUGAAGCGGGGCACCAGUCCGAGGCCCCCUGAGGGAGGCCUGGGCUACAGCCAGCUGGGCGACGACGACCUGAAGGAGACGGGCUUCCACCUUACCACCACGAACCAGGGGGCCUCAGCCGCGGGCCCUGGCUUCAGCCUCAAGUUCUGAGGGUCAGAGUGGACCCCAAGUCAUGGGGAGAACUCGGCGGGGACCACAGGCACAGCUUCUGCAGCUGGAGUUGUCAUGAGUCUCAGAACUUCAUCUUAUUGUGUGUUCCGUGUUUUAUUUUGGUUUGUAAAUUUGUAGAAUUAAAUCAUUUUCCUUGUGCAGGAAAGA